AUGACGGCCACAAAGGAUACCAGCAUCAUGAUCAUCUCCACCCUCUUCCUGAACCAGCCCUGCUCUGAUGACUUGGUCAUCGUUUACUUUGUAGCCCACGGCGGCCGUGUCCAAGGCGUUGGCUUUCGCUACUUUACGCAAAAGCGAGGAACAGAGUACGGGCUCACGGGAUGGUGUCGCAACACGGAUGACAACAAGGUGGAAGGCGAGGCGCAGGGACCCGAGGACGUGCUGAAGAAGUUCUUCCAAGACGUCGACCAGGGCCCGCGCUCUGCCAAGGUUGUCAAGCUGGACCAGACGGAGAGGGACAUUGUCGACGGAGAGAAGGACUUUCAGGUGCGAUGAGCGGCCAGCUCUGGCCAAAGCACUCUGGACGUGUCGAAAGAGACCAUGUACGUUACAGGCAGUGGGUGGCAACUCGUCCGACAAAACAGCGGGCUCGCUUCGUUAAAUUUGGCACACAAAGGCCGUUUGGUAUCC